AAUAGAUAACUUGAUUUCUAAGGCAUACGGUACGCUUUGCCAACAUUUUAGUUUGUUGAGCAUCCUUUAAAAAACCUGAAUGUUGUGCAUACUUACAGCACAGAGGCGCGAAAUAGAAAUUUCAUUGAAUGAAAACAAUUUUUUCUCUCGUGAAUUCGAAACACGACGUAUUUUUAAACAUCGUUUAACUGUGUCAAAUUUAGCGAGUAGUUGCAUCGUUCUAGACAUUUCACAGUAACUAUCGAGUGCAGUGAUUUUAUUUAUUUGUGUUAAUUAUUGAAUCUGGAUUUAAAAAAACUUUUUGAGUAUAAAAGAAAAAAUUUGGCUUCUAUUAGUGUUACACCGCAAAGACACUAUCAUUUUCACGUACCUUGAUAAUAAUUUAGGACAAUUUUGUAAAUAGUGAAGUGAUCACCAUGAGCUUCAACAAGAAUAAUAACCCGAUGGCGAUGGGGAAGAUUAUGGGAUACCUGAAACAGCUCUCUACUGAAAUGGGUGGAAGCGAGCAGGGUCAUCAAAGGCAACAAGACGAGGAGCGCCUGUACCGUUCGCGUGGGCCUAAGUACGCGAGGGUACCAACACGACCGAGUCUCUCAGCAUCCACUACCUGCACUUCUCUUGCGACCUCAUGCGGUUCCCAGGGAACGCUUGCGCCGAAUUACGCAACGAUCCCUGAGAUUGAAUCUACGGAGAGCAGCAGCGAGGACGAACAGGACGCCUUUGAGAAAACACGCCGUCACUUCCAGCAAUUAAGACAGAUCAGUCUCGGGAACGAAUUCAAAUACAAAAUGGAAUUGGAAACCAAAGAGGAGAACUUACGUAAUUCUCAGCCAUACGUGAAGCAAUUAAGUUUGGAUAGCAAUAAAGUAAAAACUGAUCACACCAUCAAUGGCGACCUACCCCCGUAUGGUGUCACCACUCAGCGGUUGUAUCUGUGGACACAGAUAUUAGCUGCUUUCGCUGUAUCAAUGGGGUCUCUGAUUGUGGGAUUCUCGUCAGGCUACACAUCUCCGGCUUUUGAAACUAUGAACAAAACAAUGACAAUCAGCACCGAAGAGGAGACCUGGAUUGGCGGUUUAAUGCCCCUGGCUGCCUUGGUCGGCGGUGUCGCAGGAGGUUUCUUCAUAGAGUACUUUGGAAGAAAGAUAACUAUAAUGUUCACUGCUAUACCAUUUUUCAUUGGUUGGAUGCUGAUUGCGAACGCCGUGAAUGUAUACAUGGUGCUUGCUGGAAGAGCUUUCUGCGGUAUAUGCGUGGGAGUUGGGACACUCGCCUAUCCUGUAUAUCUGGGGGAAACAAUACAACCAGAAGUUCGUGGCGCUUUAGGACUUCUACCGACAGCGUUCGGUAACACCGGAAUACUUUUGGCUUUCUUCGCUGGGACUUAUUUGGAUUGGUCACAACUUGCAUUCCUCGGAGCGGCUUUGCCAGUUCCAUUCUUUUUACUUAUGAUCCUCACUCCAGAAACACCUAGAUGGUAUAUAGCAAGAGGCCGAGUUGAAGACGCGCGCAAAACGCUCCUGUGGUUGAGAGGAAAAAAUGCUAACACUGACAAGGAAAUGAGAGAACUCACACGGUCACAAGCUGAAUCUGAUCUUACAAGGGGAGCGAAUACCUUCGGCCAAUUAUUCUCUAGGAAAUAUUUACCAGCAGUUCUUAUUACUCUCGGCUUGAUGUUGUUCCAACAGCUAAGCGGAAUUAAUGCUGUGAUAUUUUAUGCAUCAAAAAUUUUCAAGAUGGCUGGCAGUACUGUUGAUGAAAAUCUUAGCAGUAUUAUCAUUGGAAUUGUCAACUUUGUGUCAACAUUCAUCGCAACAGCCAUUAUCGAUCGAUUAGGAAGGAAAAUGUUGCUUUAUAUUUCAUCUACAGCAAUGAUCGUGACAUUGGUUAUUCUGGGAGCAUACUUUUAUUUGAUAGACUCUGGUACGGAUGUCAGCAGCGUUGGCUGGCUGCCUCUAGCUAGUCUUGUUAUAUAUGUACUUGGAUUUUCUAUCGGUUUCGGACCUAUUCCAUGGCUCAUGUUAGGAGAAAUCCUACCCUCCAGGAUCCGCGGUACUGCUGCUUCAUUAGCGACCGGAUUCAACUGGACAUGCACAUUCAUUGUAACCAAAUCAUUCAGUAACAUAAUUUUGAUAAUUAAAAUGUACGGUACGGUGUGGAUGUUCGCUGUCUUAUGUAUAAUUGGUCUACUUUUCGUAAUAUUUUUCGUACCUGAAACCCGAGGGAAGAGUUUAGAAGAAAUCGAGAAGAAACUAACAGGGGGCUCUCGUAAAGUACGCACAGCAGCGACAAACAAACCGAAUAGCGGCUGUUAGAACACAUUAAUAUAAAUUUAUAAAAUUUUGUGAUAAAUACGUAACAAUUCAGGACGUAAAUUAUAGCUCCUGUGUUUAUUGACGUAAUAUUGUACACAUAUAUACUGGGCGAAAUGUUUUAUGUGACGCCUUAAAAGCGUGUAUGAAGACUGAUUUGGAUCGUUUAGAGUGUGACUAGUUCAUAGAUUUAGUCGUAGAAAUUUUAGUUAAGUAAAAAAUAGUUCCUUAUAUAUUGUAAAUAAGUGUUAAAACAAUUAUAAGGUUUAAUGUUGGUGUACAACGCUUAAGGCAUUUGGCUUUCUCUUUAUAUCAAUGUAACCCAGUAAAAUAUCUGAGGCACAAUAUUUUUGUAUAAAACAUACGAAUGUUAAUUUAACAAUCAUUAUGGUCUUAACAUAGUUCUAUUUCGAUCAUGACAAAUACAUUUAGUGAUUUAUUGUUAGUCGACGUGCGUUGUGUUAAAGGCCGUAUUUAACGAUAAGAACUUUAGAGACUUCGUAUAUUACGGGGGUCAAUAUUUAUUUUACUUGUAUUACACAUGUUACUAACACGAA